UCUUACACACACACUCUCCAGUCUCACACACACACACUCUCUCUCUGUCUCUCUCUCUCUCUCUGGUUGUCCGUCGCGUGUGGAUGUAGGGGUAACGGAGCUCACAGCGGGACACUUCCGCCAUGGAGGACUGCUGCUCCGAGGAGAGCGAGAGGAUGGAAGCGUGGCUGGACGACCACUUGGAGUUCACCCACUCCUACUUUAUGAGGAAGGCGUCAAGGGAGAUGGUGAAUGCCUGGUUCGCUGAGCGCGUCCACUCCAUCCAGCCAUCUGCCUCCAAAGAAAACCCUCCACAGCAGCGUGCCCAUCAGUCCUCCGCAGACUCCAGCCCCGCCUCUACCUCCACCAACCCCCACCCCACCCUUUGCCUCCUGGACAACCGCUGCCCUUCCCCAGCCACGGCCCCCGGCACCCCGACUCGCAAGAUCUCAGCAUCCGAGUUCGACCGGCCACUCAGACCCAUCGUGGUUAAAGACUCUGAGGGCUCUCUGACGUUUCUGAGCGACGCCGACCGUGAAACUGUCCCUCUUCGGGGGUCAGUGAUGGGUGAAGGUGGUGUCAGCGGGGCGGGUAGUGCAAGCGGGGUGGAUCGCUGUGCCAGGCUUCUGGAGCUGGUGAAGGAUGUGUCGAGUCAUCUGGAUGUGACAGCACUCUGCCACAAGACCUUUCUCCACAUCAAUGAGCUGAUCGCCGCAGACCGCUACUCACUGUUCCUGGUAGGCGAGGACAGCUCUAACAGGAAAUUCUUGGUCAGCCGCCUGUUUGACGUAGCCGAGGGAUCCACACUGGAGGAGUCCUCAAGUAACUGCAUCCGGCUGGAGUGGAACAAGGGCAUUGUGGGACAUGUAGCCGCCACGGGACAGCCGCUGAAUAUCAAGAAUGCUUACGAGGACCACAGGUUCAAUGCUGAGGUGGACCUGAUCACAGGUUACAAAACCCAGAGUAUCCUUUGCCUUCCCAUCAAGAACCACAAAGAUGAGGUAGUUGGAGUGGCUCAGGCUAUCAAUAAGAAGUGUGGGGAGGACAGUGCCUUCAGUGAACAGGAUGAAAAGGACUUCUCAGCCUAUUUAUCCUUCUCAGGCAUCGUCCUGCACAACGCUCAGCUCUACGAGACAUCGCAGCUGGAAAACAGACGCAAUCAGGUGCUGUUGGACCUGGCCAGUCUGAUCUUUGAGGAGCAGCAGUGUCUGGAGGUUUUACUGAGGAGGAUCGCAGGAACCAUCCUGUCCUUCAUGCAGGCCCAGGCUUGUACCGUCUUUAUCAACGACGACGACUCCAUGAACUCAUUCUCCAGUGUCUUUCAUAUGGAAUACGAGGAGCUACGUGAAGUCCUCCAUGUCCCCAAAAGGGACUGUGAUGUCAGUCAGAUUAACUACAUGUACGCCCAGUAUGUCAAGAACACCAUGCAGCCUCUCAACAUUGCAGACGUCUCCAAGGACCAACACUUCCCUUGGACACGGGAACACACAGACCAAACCAGCAACCAGAUCAAGAGCUUGCUCUGCACUCCCAUCAGGAAUGGCAAGAAGGACAAAGUCAUAGGUGUUUGUCAGUUGGUGAACAAGAUGGAAGAAGCCUCCGGCAGCGUGAAGGCCUUCAACAGGAACGACGAGCAGUUCCUGGAGGCAUUCGCCAUCUUCUGUGGUCUCGGCAUCCAGAACACACAGAUGUAUGAAACAGUGGAGAGAGCCAUGGCCAAGCAAGAGGUCACUCUGGAGGUCUUAUCGUAUCACGCCUCCGCCGCAGAGGAAGAAUCGCGGGAACUCCAGGUAACCGCGGUGUCCACGGUGCCGUCAGCCCAGUCGUUGCGUCUUCUGGACUUCAGUUUCAGUGACUUUGACUUGUCCGACACGGAAACCACGCAGGCCACUAUUCGGAUGUUUGUCGACCUCAACCUGGUCCAAAACUUCCAGAUGAAGUACACGAGCUUGUGCCAGUGGGUCCUGAGUGUGAAGAAGAACUACAGGAAGAACGUGGCGUAUCACAACUGGAGACACGCCUUCAACACGGCCCAGAGCAUGUUCACCCUCCUCAAGUCAGGACGCCUGCAGAAUAACCUGAGCGACCUGGAGGUCUUGGCUCUGAUGAUUGCAACUCUCAGCCACGAUCUGGAUCACAGAGGAGUCAACAACUCCUACAUACAGAGGAGCGACCACCCACUGGCCCAGCUCUACUGCCACUCCACCAUGGAGCAUCAUCACUUCGACCAGUGCCUCAUGAUCCUCAACAGCUCUGGAAACCAGAUCCUGAGCGCUCUCUCCCUGGAUCAGUACAAGGCCACUCUGAAGAUGAUCGAGAGGGCUAUUCUGGCCACUGACCUGGCCCUGUACAUGAAGAGGCGUGGAGAGUUUUUUGAGCUCACCAAGAACAGCCAGUUCGUUUGGGAGGACGAACAACACAGAGACCUGCUGCGGUCAAUGCUGAUGACUGCAUGUGACAUCUCAGCCAUCACAAAGCCCUGGCCAGUGCAGAAAAGGAUUGCAGAGCUGGUAGCCACUGAGUUCUUCGAGCAGGGCGAUAAGGAGAGACGGGAGCUGAACAUUGAGCCCAGUGACCUGAUGAAUCGUGAGAAGAGAGAUAAAAUACCCAGCAUGCAGGUGUCCUUCAUUGAUGCCAUCUGCACUCAGUUAUAUGAGACCUUGACUGGCAUGUCGGAGCAUUGCUCCCCGCUGCUGGAAGGAUGUCAGAAAAACCGGCAGCAUUGGAAGUGUUUGGCUGAGGAGUGUGAGAAGGGGCUGGUUAAACCAAACUGGUGUGAUCCCAACACCAGUUUGGUUUUAAACCAACGCAAAUGACUUUUUCUGUCCCACCUGGUCUCUCAAAAUUUCAUGAAAUUAGCAUGACAUCUAAAAAGACAAAUGAGAUAAUUCCCUGUCAAGAAAAUGUUGUCCGGUGAAAACAAACAUUGGAUUUGUUGACAGUAAAAGGCAGACACACUUUCAGACACAUAAACUGAAUUUCCCUCAAAUUUACAAACUCUUGAGCAAGUUAUGCCGAGAGUUUUGCUUACACAUGUAAAAAUAACUGCAGUUUCCUACAACUUUGGUCUCAUUUUUGUAGGUUUGUCCAUCCUUCCUGUCUGUAAUAACAAAGUUGUACUCACCAAGUUAAAUAUUCAGAUCUGGGAAUGCGGCAGCAUCACUAACCAAGGCUAAGAGCCAUGCUAGCAGUCAGGCUUUACUUAGUUAAAUGCUUACAUGAGCAUGCUAGCAGUCAGGCUUUACUUAGUUAAAUGCUUACAUGAGCAUGCUAGCAGUCAGGCUUUACUUAGUUAAAUGCUUACAUGAGCAUGCUAGCAGUCAGGCUUUACUUAGUUAAAUGCUUACUUGAGCAUGCUAGCAGGUGCACAGGGACAAUGUUUAUGGCAUCGUGUUGAGGUACUUUAUAAUUGCCAUGUUCUUAGUUUAGCAAAUUAUAAGCUUAGGCCGUAUACCAGGGUAUGCACCACUUUCCAUGAUGAUGUAAUUAUGUAAUGUAUAGUAGCGCACACACCACACAGUAAUGUUUCUGUAGUUUCUUCCAACUACAAGAGCAGCUUCUAGAAAAGUGAUUGUAUUCAACUGCCACUCUGCCACCAACACCUGCAUAUCAUUUCCAUGUUGCCCACUGAUGUUUCGGUACCGCUGUAUGCAUACCGCUAGAGGGUGUGUUCUUGACAAAGAAAGAGCGUGUGAGGCUGAAGUUAUCAGUAACGUUACAGCUGUGAAUGGCAUUCAUAUACCGUCAUAUAGAGUACACUAAGGUGAAUGUCAAGAAGUAGGUCCAAGGCCAGCAUCUUAGCAUGCUAUCUCACUAAUUAUCGCUGAACAGAAGUACAGCUGAUUAUGAUGGGAAUGUUAAUAAUAAUAAUCCAUUUAAUUUAUAUAGCGCUUUUUAAGAUACUCCAAGA